AUGUCGUCAGCAGCGACACAACAGGCAGCGACCGCGGCGGGGCAGAAGAGGCAGCUGUCCGAACAAGAGGCGGCGCAAGUCUACCAAUCAAGACGAUCCGAGCUGCAAGGCAUCGCAUCCAAGAUCGGCGAGCUCGAGGGCGAAGCGGAUGAACACAAACUCGUCAUCGACACACUCACAGAAGCGUCCAAGGGCGACCCAGAUCGCAAAUGCUUCCGUCUCAUCGGUGGUGUGCUAGUCGAACGCACAGUCAAAGAGGUGCUCCCUGCGCUGCAGACCAAUCUUGAAGGGCUCAAGCAGAUCCUCGAAACACUGCUGAAACAGUACAAGCAGAAGGAGGGCGAGUUGCAAGACUUCCAGCGCGAAUACGCGAGCUGA